CUUCCUGAUCGAACCCCACUCCCGUCCGUUGUCGUUCGCUCACCGAAUUCGUCGCCUUUUAUUCAACCCGUUAUUAGGUACGCCCGACCCAGGUGCAGCUCGAGCCUACCGCCCAUCAGGACCAUCGGAUCCCCAUCAAACGGCUACCGUCAUAUUCCAAGUCAAUUCGCAGACUGGAAGCAUCCCAAGUGCGAUCCAACCACCCCGGAGCCCUCGAACCACUCCAACUCCAACCCUAAUCCUCACCCUAAUCCCCAGAUAAAUCGCACCCAAUCCCCACAAACCCUAACCCAAUUUGGUCUCCAGUACAUCCUCCCUCCUCUUCGGCAAGCCGAGACCACCACGACGACGAUGGCUUCCACCGCAGAAGACGACGAGCGGGGCGCCGCCUUGUAUGACGAGGAUGAGGACGACUCCGAUGACGGCGUCGACUCCGACGAGGAGUACGACGACGACGCCAUCACCGACGGCCAGGCGGCGACGCCGCCUCCCGCCGCGGCCUCGGCGGCCCAGAAACUACUCCACUCCUCGUCCUCUAUCUCCAAUCCUUCCGCCUCCGCUUCCAUCCCCCAGAACGGCGGUGGCGGGAGCAUCGUGGCCUACCCCGAUGGCAAGCGGCAGAGGAUCUUGCCGCCGGGGGAGGAGAGGAAGCGCCUGACGGUGGCGCACGACGAGUCUCGGCGUUUGUUCCAGAAGCUGUGGACGGACGCAGACGAGAUCGCGAUUCUGCAAGGGUUUCUGGAGUUCACGUCGCAGCGGGGGACGACGCACGCCAACUACCAGCACGACACAGGUCCCUUUUACGAUCAGAUCAAAAGCCGUCUGCAGGUGGAUUUCAACAAGAAUCAACUGGUCGAGAAACUCCGCCGCCUCAAGAAGAAGUACCGCAACAUGGUGAAUCGGAUGGCGUCCGGGAAGGAGUUUGUCUUCAAGAGCCCCCACGACAAGGCCACCUUCGAGAUCGCCCGCGAGAUUUGGAGCCCCAGCUUCAAGCGGACCCGCAACCGGGACCCCGGCAAUGCGCCCAACCCUCAGCUUCAGGAAAGCAGCAAUCUUGUCCCCGUCGAAGUCGCCGAGGACGUAUCGCUGAGCUCCGAUCAUAUGAUGUCGAGGCCCCGGAGGAGGCAGUUCGGAAGGAGAUCGGAGGGGGCGCCGGAGAUGGCUGUGCCCGUGCCCACUCCGGUGGUCUCCGUCCCCGUGCUCGAUCACGCACCCUGUUCAUCGGCUCCGAUCCCGAAUGCCAAUCUUAUCGAGCAGACGGUGAAGAGCUGCCUCUCGCCGUUGUUCAAGGAGCUGCUUCAGUAUGCGAUGGGAGGGCCGUGCGCGCCGGUAGGGGCUGGUGAUGCGGGAGCGCCGCUGAAUCCUCUUCUGCUGAACAUUGCCGGUGGCUCAGGUGCAUUGCAAGCGGACGAGAAGUGGAGAAAGCAGCAGAUUCUGGAGCUGGAGGUGUACUUGAAGCGGGUGGAGCUUGUUCGUGAGCAGAUAAAAUCGAAGCUUGAGGAGCUUAGGUCGAUGAGGAGCAGCUGAUCAGAGGUUUCCUUUGGAAAAAAACUUAAACUUGGUGUUCAGUCUGGGUUACUAUUAGUAAUUUAUGAUAGUAAGUUAGAUUUUUUGCUUUGUUGAAAGGUAUAGCCGUAUAGAGAACAUUUGAAACAAUGCUUUCUUCUUUUUCUUUUUUCUUUUUGUUUCUAAAAUCCUCUCCCUUCUUCGAGUUUUAAUUCAGUUCGGUUUCUUUAUUUACUGUGGUCUAAAACUUUCAUAAAGAAUGAACUGGAGGAAUCCUGGGAAGAGAAGGGGUGAGAACAGCUAUCAUUUGUAUAUAUAUUCAAUAGCAAUAUUUAUUUUACUUUUGGAAA